ACGACCGGUUUCGUUUUGGCCUCUACUUCUUCCAAUUCCCUCAAUUAAUCGUCGAAUUUCAACUUUGUUAAUAAUAAUCUUUGGUUUCUUGAUUGUUAAUUACAUUGUUCUAUUUCUCCACGACGAUAAUUUCCUAGGGUUCGGACUUCGGAUCAGGACCCUGUCGGAUUCUGUCUCGGUGACGGUCCGAUUACCAGGGGUGGUGGUCCCUUUUGUAUGGAAUUUCGGACCCGGAAGCGGGCGGAGGCAUUCACAGCUGCCCCUUCUUCUUCUUCUUCUUCUUCCUUUGAUCCUACAGUUCGCUCUAACAAGCGCGUUCGUUUGUCUUCCUCCUCUGCCGUUGCUACCACCACCGGGACUCGCGUUUCACGGGCUUCCGGUUUCUUAAUGGACUCCGUUACAGCGGAAUCUUCAUCUGGUUCCCGCGGAGGUUCCGGCAAAGACAACCGAACCGUAAGUGAAAGUCUGAAUCUCGUCUCUGAUAAAGGUAAGGAAAAGGAGGAGGAUUUAAGGAUUUCGGAUAGAGAGACUGAUAGGGAUAGUGGAGAUAAUAACGAGAGUAAUUCGAACCAUCUUGAGGGAAGCUCAGGGUUAAAUAUGGAGACCACUGGAGGCGAUGAGGAUGAUCAUAAUGACAACAGAGGCGACGUGGGGAGUUUGCAACAGAAUCUGACGUCAGCGAGCAGCGCAUUACAAGGCUUGUUGAGGAAGUUGGGUGCCGGAAUUGAUGAUUUUCUUCCCUCAUCGCCAAUGGGCUCAUCGUCGUCAUCUCAUCAAAAUUGGAGGUUGAAGAGGAUUCUGUCUGGAUUGAGUGCUGAUGGGGAGGAAGGGAGGCAAGUUGAGGCGUUGAUAGAGCUCUGUGAGAUUCUUUCAAUUGGGACUGAGGAGUCAUUGAGCACGUUUUCUGUGGAUUUGUUCGUUCCCGUUCUCGUUGGAAUGCUUAAUCAUGAGAGUAACCCUGAUAUUAUGAUUCUUGCGGCAAGGGCGCUUACUCAUUUAUGUGAUGUGAUGCCUUCUUCCUGUGCUGCUGUGGUGCAUUAUGGUGCAGUUUCAUCUUUUUGCGCUAAGUUGCUUACAAUAGAGUAUAUAGACUUGGCUGAACAGUCUCUGCUAGCCUUGAAGAAGAUAUCUCAAGAACACCCAACUCCCUGUUUGCGAGCUGGUGCUCUCAUGGCAGUGCUUUCAUACCUGGAUUUCUUCGCCACUGGAGUUCAGCGUGUGGCUCUAUCAACUGCUGCAAAUAUGUGCAGGAAUCUCCCUUCAGAUGCAGCUGACUAUGUAAUGGAUGCUGUACCACCAUUAACAAAUCUUUUGCAGUAUCAUGAUUCAAAGGUGUUGGAGCACGCUUCUGUUUGUCUGACCCGUAUUUCUGAAGCCUUUGCAUCUUCCCCGGAUAAAUUAGAUGAGUUUUGCAGCCAUGGGUUGGUUACUCAAGCUGCAUCUCUCAUUUCCACAAGUAAUUCUGGCGGUGGUCAGGGAUCUUUGAGCACACCAACAUAUACGGGCUUAAUCCGGCUGCUUUCAACAUGUGCAAGUGGGUCUCCUGUUGGAGCAAAAACUUUACUUAUGCUUGGGAUCAGUGGUAUCCUGAAAGAUAUACUGGUAGGUUCUGACAUCUCUGCUAACUCAGCUGUUCCACCGACGUUAAGCAGACCAGCUGAGCAGAUUUUUGAGAUUGUCAAUCUGGCAAAUGAGCUUCUUCCUCCAUUGCCUCAAGGAACCAUCUCCCUCCCUGCCAGCUCUAAUAUAUUUUUCAAAGGAUCUGUUGUGAAGGAGUCUCCUACUAGUAGCUCUGAGAAGGAAGACAACACCGAUGGAAAUGCUUCUGAGGUUUCGGCCCGAGAGAAAUUGUUGCAUGAACAACCCGAUGUUCUCCAGCAAUUUGGCAUGGACCUACUUCCUGUUCUUAUACAGAUUUAUGGUUCCAGUGUCAAUACCUCUAUUCGCCACAAAUGUCUCUCAGUUAUUGGAAAACUUAUGUAUUUCAGCAGUGCAGAGAUGAUUCAGAAUCUAUUGAGUGUGACAAAUUUAUCAAGCUUUUUGGCUGGUAUUUUAGCAUCGAAAGAUCCACAUGUCUUGGUUCCUUCCCUUAAGGUUGCAGAGAUCCUAUUGGAAAAGCUUCCUGCAACAUUCUCCAAAAUGUUUGUCAGAGAGGGUGUGGUUCAUGCUGUGGACCAGCUUGUAUUAAUUGGUAAUCAAAAUAACACUCCUUCUCUAGCAUCUUAUGUUGAGAAGGAUAAUGACUCUGUAUCUGGAAUGUCAUCGCGUUCCAGGCGUUACAGACGACGCAGUUAUAACUCAAAUCCUGAAGGAAGUUCAGUGGAGGAGUCUAAGAAUCCAGCAUCUUUAAAUAUUGGUUCUCCUCCUAGUUCAGUCGAAACCCCUACAACAAAUCUUCGUACCGUUGUAAGUGGAUGUGCUAAAGCAUUCAAAGAUAAGUAUUUCCCCUCUGAGCCUGGUGCUGUUGAAUUUGGUAUGACUGAAGAGCUUCUACACUUAAAAAAUCUUUGCAUGAAAUUGAAUGCUGGUGUUGAUGAUCAAAAGACUAAGGCAAAAGGAAAAUCUAAAGAUUCUGGGUCUCCAUUGGCUGAUAUUUCUGCUGCCAAGGAAGAAUAUUUGAUUGGGGUGAUCUCUGAGAUUCUAGCAGAACUGAGCAAGGGGGAUGGUGUAUCCACUUUUGAGUUUAUUGGUAGUGCUGUUGUUGCAGCCUUGUUAAACUAUUUUUCUUGCGGAUACUUUUCCAAGGGGAUAAUUUCAGAUGGAAACCUGCCCAAGCUUCGCCACCAAGCCCUUAAAAGAUUUAAAUUAUUUAUCAGUGUUGCACUUCCUUCUAGUGUGGAUGAAAGAAGUAUUGCUCCUAUGGUUGUCCUGGUUCAGAAGCUUCAAAAUGCUUUAUCAUCAGUAGAGCAUUUCCCUGUAGUUUUUAGCCAUGCCUCCAGGUCAUCUGGUGGGAGUGCACGCCUCUCUUUCGGAUUUAGUGCAUUAUCUCAGCCUUUUAAGUUGCGUCUUUGUCGAGCCCAUGGAGAGAAAUCUCUUCGUGAUUAUUCAUCAAGUAUUGUGUUGAUUGACCCAUUAGCAAGUCUAGCAACUGUAGAAGAUUUUCUUUGGCAACGAGUUCAACGAAGUGAUACUGCUCAGAAGCUCUCCAUUUCUGUAGGAAAUUCUGAAUCUGGGAACACAUCUAGUGGGGCUGCUACUUCUUCUACAUCUACCACAACUCCUGCUUCGGACACUCGUCGUCAUUUUUCAAGGUCCAGAUCAUCUGUUAGUAUAGGAGAUGCAGCCACAAAGGAACCAUCAUCACAGGAAAACAGAACAAGAUCGUCAAAGGGAAAAGGUAAGGUAGUUUUGGAGAUGGCACAAGAGAGGUUGAGAGGACCUCAGACAAGAAAUGCUGCUUGUAGAAGAGCUGCUCUGGGUAAAGAUGAUCCAAUGAAACCUGUAACUGGUGUCUCUACUUCUGAGGAUGAAGAAUCGGACACAUUUCCUGUGGAGGUUGAUGAUGUUUGGGGGGUUGAAGAUGAUGAUAUUUCUGAUGAUGAAGAAGAUAGUCAUGAAGAUGUGCUCAGAGAUGAUUCUUUUCCUGUUUGCAUGCCAGACAAAGUUCAUGAUGUGAAAUUGGGUGAUUCAGCUGAAGAUGGAAAACCUGCCUCGGCCAUUAGUGAUAGCCAAAUAAAUACAGCUUCAGGAUCUAGCAGCAGAGCAGCUGCUGUUAAGUGUUCAGACUCUGCUGAUUUUAGGAGUGCUUAUGGCUCAAAGGGUGCUAUGUCGUUUGCAGCUGCUGCCAUGGCUGGGCUAGGAAGUGUAAAUGGUAGACGUAUUAGGGGAGGUAGAGGUCUGGAAGGGCAGCAUCCAUUUGGUAGUUCUAAUGAGCCUCCAAAAUUGAUAUUUACUGCUGGUGGUAAGCAGCUCAAAAGGCAUUUUACAAUCUAUCAGGCCAUCCAGGGACAGCUUGUGUUGGAUGAGGAUGAGGAUGAUGAAAGAUGUGCUGUUAGUGAUAUUUCUAGUGAGGGAAGCAGACUGUGGAGUGACAUCUACACAAUAACAUAUCAGAGGGCAGACAGCCAAGCUGACCGAUCAUCUGUUGGGGGAUCAGGUUCUACUACAGAAUCCAAUUCUACUAAAUCUGGUUCUUCCAGCUCCAACUCUGUUCCCCAAACUCAUAGAAUGUCACUUUUGGACAGCAUCUUGCAAGGGGAACUUCCUUGUGAUCUAGAAAGAUCUAACCCUACUUAUAAUAUAUUGGCACUGUUGCGUGUGUUAGAGGGUUUGAAUCAGCUUGCGCAUCGAUUAAGGUUUCAGAUAUUUUCCGACAAUUUUGCUGAGGGGAAAAUUUCAAAUCUAGAUGAGUUGAUUCUCACUGGUUCUAGAGUUCCUUCUGAGGAAUUUAUUAAUGGUAAGCUCACUCCAAAACUGGCUAGGCAAAUGCAGGAUGCCCUUGUUCUCUGCAGUGGAAACCUUCCGUCCUGGUGUUACCAGUUGACAAAGUCAUGCCCCUUUUUAUUUCCUUUUGAGACACGAAGGCAGUACUUUUAUUCAACUGCCUUUGGGUUGUCUCGUGCAUUAUAUCGUCUUCAGCAACAGCAGAGUGCCGAUGGCCAUGGGUCAACUAAUGAGAGAGAGGUGAGGGUUGGUAGAUUACAGCGGCAAAAAGUUCGCAUCUCCCGGGACCGCAUUUUGGAUUCUGCUGCAAAAGUAAUGAAGAUGUAUUCUGUUCAAAAAGCUGUUCUUGAAGUUGAAUACUUUGGAGAAGUUGGAACUGGAUCGGGUCCUACUUUGGAGUUCUAUACACUUUUAAGUCAUGAGUUGCAAAAGUUUGAACUUGGAAUGUGGAGGUCAAAUUCUACAUGGAAUAAGUCAUUAAUGGAAAUUGAUGGUGAUGAAAAGAAAGAAGGAAAAACUGCUGGUUCCACUACCAUUGAUGGAGUUAUGAUUCAAGCUCCUUUAGGGUUGUUCCCUCGACCUUGGCAGCUAAAUGCUGAUGCUUCUGAAGGUAGUGAAUUUUCUAAAGUAAUUGAGUAUUUCCGGCUGGUGGGGCGUGUGAUGGCAAAAGCUCUUCAAGAUGGACGGCUUUUAGACCUGCCCCUAUCAACAUCAUUUUAUAAACUUGUGCUUGGUGAAGAGCUUGAUUUGCAUGAUAUCCCGUCAUUUGACUCUGAGUUUGGGAAAAUUUUGCUAGAAUUACAUCUUAUUGUUUGUCGAAAGAAAUAUUUAGAAUUGAUGGGUGAUGACAGUGGUGAUGCAAUUGCUGAUUUACGCUUCCGUGGAGCCCCAAUAGAAGACCUUUGUCUGGACUUUACACUUCCUGGCCAUCCAGACUACAUAUUGAAGCCAGGGGAUGAAACUGUGGAUAUCAACAACUUGGAGGAAUACAUAUCUUUGGUGGUUGAUGCAACUGUCAAGACUGGAAUUAUGCGGCAAAUGGAGGCAUUUAGAGCUGGAUUUAAUCAGGUUUUUGAUAUUGCUUCAUUACAAAUAUUUACUCCGCAAGAGUUGGACUAUUUGCUGUGCGGUCGCAGAGAGUUGUGGGAGGCUGAGACACUUGCUGAUCACAUAAAAUUUGAUCACGGAUAUACCGCAAAGAGCCCAGUGAUCAUUAAUUUACUCGAAAUUAUGGGAGAAUUUACACCAGAUCAGCAACGGGCCUUCUGCCAAUUUGUUACUGGUGCCCCCAGACUUCCACCUGGUGGUCUGGCAGUGCUGAAUCCUAAACUGACCAUUGUUAGAAAGCAUUCUUCGCCCUCGGAAUCAGUUGAUGACGACUUGCCCAGUGUCAUGACUUGUGCUAAUUACUUGAAGCUUCCUCCAUAUUCUACCAAGGAAAUUUUGUAUAAAAAAUUACUAUAUGCAAUCAGUGAAGGGCAAGGGUCUUUUGAUUUAUCAUGAAUUCGUAAGGCAGAGACCUGUGUAUACUCUUGACACAAUCUGGUCAAUUUUUUCACCUGCGAUUGUUUGAUGUUUCAAAGCGGCUCGUUAUUUUUUGCUCAAGCUAUGGCUUCUCAUCGCUGCUCUUCCAUAUUUUUUCGCAUUGGCAAGGUGAAAUGGGGACUGCAACACAAGCACAUCCGAGGAUUUUUGUGACGCGUUGUUGCAUGCAGUUCCAAGAGUUUUGUAUAUAAAUAGAAAUUAUAUUUGAAUAUAUAUAUAUAUUGCAUAAAUGGUGGAAGGAAAAUGAAUAAAUGAGGAAAUUCGAUACAAUUUUGUUUUUGUUCCGUUAGAAGAAAAAAAAUAAAAGGGUGUACAUUCCAUUUA